ACCAUUCUUCUGGAACUUCUUUCGUUUAGCGAUUUCUCUGACACCGAUCUCCGCUCGAUUCAAGGCGACUCGGUUAGGAUUAGGGUUUUGGUUUUUACUCUUUUCGUUUGCACAGAGAGAGAGAGAGAGAGAGAGAGAUGGCGUCGAGGAAGGUGAACUUGAUGAGCUCCGAUGGCGUGACGUUCGAAGUGGACGACAUCGUGGCGUUGGAGUUGCAGACGAUCAAGCACAUGAUCGAGGCCGGUUUUUCCGACGGCGCCAUUCCUCUCCCGAACGUCACCAGCGGUAUCCUUGCGAUGGUGAUCGAGUACUGCAAGAUGCACGUGGAGAGUUCCAAGUCCGAGGAUCGCAGCGCCGAUGAUAACCUCAAGGCCUGGGAUGCCGAAUUCGUCAAGGUUGAUGUGGCUACUCUGUUUCAUCUCAUCAUGGCUGCCAAUUAUUUGAACAUCCAGAGCUUGCUGGAGCUAACAUGCCAGACAGUUGCAGACAUGAUGAAGGGAAAGUCCGUAGAGUACAUACGCAAGACCUUCAACAUUACAAAUGAUUACACUCCAGAGGAGGAGGAAGAGAUCCGUCGGGAAUUCCCCUGGGUUUUUGAAUGAGAAACCGAAGGGUACAUUUGGAAGGAUUUGAAUGAUGCGGUUUACGAAAUUCGAUUUGGAUUCAUGGAGCUGACUUUGUCGACCGGGGUCUUAUAGACUCUGAAAUGUAAAUAAUAGUUGUUGGAUUCGUGGUGUUGUGGCCUUUGCAACAGCUACCAACAUCAUUUGAUUCCCCAGUUCUAUGAUGACUUUCUUUUUCUAGACCCUGCA